AUGGGAGUACGAGUGAAAUUUUUGCUCAUAAUGGCAGUAGUCCAUUUUUGCACCGCGAACGCAGGAUCGAACAACAGGGAUGUCGGGACGAGCUACUUCAUCCUGAUGCAUAAUUACAUGCAGAAAUUAAUCGCUCAACGGAUUGCCAAUCGAUUCAAUACUUCUUCCGUAGCAGGAAACAAUCCUGUCUAUCCUCGCAUUGGAGGCGGUGUCAGGGAGACGAACCCAGCAAAUGCGCCGUACAUUGCCAAGAUUGAUCUUUUCAGCGGAAUUCCAUCAAGUUUUUCAUUCACAGUGGGAGUCGGAGCGCUGAUUUCCAAGAGACACGUUCUCACCGCAGCCCUGUUGACAGAUCCAGAGUCCUAUGCAUCAAUAAUAGUUUCGUCAUUUAUUGUCACUCUGGGGCAAGCGACUCCAAGUGAGAUGCAACAGUGGCAAGAGUUCAAUGUCACACUCCCCAACGUGAUUCGACACCAUAAUUACGUCUCGUGGAAUCCUAAUAAACCUUCUUUUGAUAAUUUUAUCAAAAACCAACCGGCAAUUUUGAAAUUGCCCUCUGAUGCCGUGUUGGGCGACACUGUGAACACGAUUCCAGUUGUGCACAAUUCUGGCUUCAGGUACAUUGGACAAGGAGUCACCAUUCUAGACUGGAAUUCAACAGAAGUCAGUAGUAAUGCCGUAAUGUCGGUCACCUUCGUCGUCUGUGAUGACUCUUACGACGAAGUUUCGAGUCCACCGGGGUUUGUCACUGAUGGUCAUGCUCCCGGAGAGGAUGACCCUGGGUCAGAAGAUUUUUCGGAACCCUCGUACACUAACGAAGAUGGGGAAUCCGACCCUGUUGACGAUACUGGUUCCCAAGAGAUCGGUCUCGAUGCAAAUCGCCGGAAGCGGGACUUUGGCUCAAAAGAAAAGUACAUCUUCCGUGUUUUGAGACGUCGUGAUGUCGCCAAUAAGUCGGCUGUUGGAUACGGAGUGAAUAACGAUGACGUGAGGCGCAAGCGACAAAGCAGUUACGGAUACCAGCAUCGGCCUUCUAAUACUUACUCAACCACUCCUUACACGACCACUUACCAGACUUACUCGACAACUUACCCGCGCUACUCCACGACUACUGCACGUUAUUUGUACAGCACGCCCGGUUACAACCAGCAACGACCGAGCAACGGGUAUUCAAGAGUCGUGGGACCACAAACUCAAAAUAAGGCGGCAAAUGAUGUUACUCAAAAUACCGGCGUUCAAGGAGACGCCAUCAGCAGUGCCCCUUUGCAACAACAACAACCUCGACUGACAUCAAAACAAGCACAGCUGAAAGUAGAAACCCAAUUUCAGGCAAAAACCGCACUGGCAACCCCAAAGGCAGCCAAGUUACGUCCAACAGCAUCAGGAACAAUUAGGAAAAAUGUGAAGCCUGAUCAGAGAGUCCAAGUGAACCCAAUACCUGCAGCACCAGCAGAAGAUGCUGAUCUAGUCACUGGUAUUAAUUCAAAGCAAGCUGUAAUCCCGUUGAGUGAGGACCCAGCACCUCUGAACACAGGCCGUAACCCAGGAGUUGAAGGAUCUUGGAUGAAUGCAGGGUGGCCAGUGGGUUUAAGCAUUUUACCCAGCAGUGAUGGCAAUUAUGGACAGGGGUAUUCUAACCAGGACUACAAUAAUAGCCUGAACCCCCAAUACUGGCUCGUACCCGAACUCCCUUGGAACGAUUUGAUGGCGGUGGGGUUCCACAGGCCUGACGGAACGCCUCAUCCAUUGGCCUACGUAUUGCCUCCAUAUUGGAUCAUGAAGGCCUUGAGCGACGAUCGGCCAAUGGUUGACUUCCCAGCGACUCACUUCCAAAACGGGGCGUGGCCUUAUUUCGCUCCGCCUGGAGACUACGUGGACGAAAUGGCGCAAGUGCCUUACCAGUACGAGCAGCCAAUCAGCAGGCAGCAGCCGUACGUCCCACCCGUUGGCAGUGCUGGGUACUCUUUGGGAAAUUAUGGAAACCCCAAUCCUCUGCCGAAUUAUGCAUACAAUUGAACCCUAAAGCAGCUUUUUUUUCUUCCUAUUUGGAAAUUUGUUUUUGUAUUCCUCUAUUUUUCUCUAGAGGAUUGGUUUGCGCAGGGUCAAAACAUUUUUUCUGAGAUCUUUUCUGAAAUCUGACCUUAUUUUGCACUGACCUCAGUUAAGUGCAAAUAAUUUAUCAGAGGAAUUAUGGUACAGAGCAUAACGCUUUGAAGAGUUGAAUUUAGCAGAUUUAUGAAACUGAAUUUGGCAGACAAAGUUUCCAAAUGUUGAACUACAGUCAUGUGUCCCUGAAUUCUAUCCUGGCAGUUUGAUUGAUGAAAGAUUUUUGUGAUGAAGUAUUGAUGAGUUUUAAAAUGAGUUUUAAAAGCUUGUUAAUUCAUCAUGAUACUCCAACUGAGUUACAAUCAUCUUACAUUGUCACAUUAUCCAGGCAAACACAUGGAAAAGUGUUGCCAACACCUCUCUUUAAACUAGAAAGUCAACCUUUUUUGAAUAUUUUUUCAACAUGUAAUAGACAUUCACAGACUUCAAUAUCUUAAUUCACUGGAUAGUGUCCCUGACUGAACACAUAGCGGAACGUGUCUAAAAUAUUAAAUCCGGUGAAUUAAAAAAAUUUCCGGACGAGAACCGUUGAGAGAAAAAAAUGUUAAAGAGGAGUGAUUCCCAUAAAACUUAUUCUUCAUUGUGCAUCUCGGCCAAAUUUUUUCGACUUUUCAGGGAAUCUAAUAUUUUUUUUUAUGGAAGAGAAUAUUUUUGCGUGUUUCUCAUUUUUCUUAUUAUUUGACAUACGGAGGGGACAUUUUUUGCUGGAAGAAUCAUUGGUGAUGGAAUUUAUGUUUGACUUCCGGUUUGUGUGUGUCAAUGUGGUGGAGGGUUUUGGUAGAGGGUUAUAGAGAAUAAAUUUCGCGGUAAAACCAUGC